AUGCCGCCCAAAAGGGAACUAGUUUGUGGAGAAGCUUUCGAAUUCGUGGACGGCGGCCACCAAGACUCGGGAGACGAGCGCAUGAGCGAAGCCAGUGGGGGAACGGAAGUCGACGCUGGCAGCGUGGAAGAUGACGUCAUCGGAAGUCCCCGCACAGAAGGGCUAGAGCGCAGGCCAAUGUUACGCGACGCUUCGUCCCAGCCGGAAGGUUUUCAGGGGGCAAAUGACGUCAGCAUGCAACUGGAGGAGAAGCUCAGGCUGGAGCAGGAAUUUCAGUCAAGAACCGGGCACGCGAAGCCGCCCGGGGGACGGUACUUGUGCGCGGUGUGCACCUCCGGCCGCAGCGCGCGGCGCGCGUACCCGCACCUCGACGCGCUCAUCCGCCACGCCGAGACGACGACGAGCGGCGCGUACACAGCUGCCCACUUGGCCUACGCGCGCGCGCUGAUUGAGCUGAAGGCAGAGAUUUCGGGGGAGAGGCUCGGGGAGAACCUGGCGAGCAUUUCAGACCCGUGCUGCCCCCGAUCAGAAUUGGUUUUCUCCCCCCCUUCCUCCCCCCCCUCUCUCCCCCCCGGGGGGGGAGACUACAUUCUCCUCCGGUGGGGGAGAAGUCUCCCCCACAUGAGGGGCGGAGAACGGUCUCGUCCACCUGACGACUGUGGGGGAGAAUGUCUCCCCCAGUCGAGGACGGGGGGAGAAUUCCCCCCUCACUUUUCCGAGAGGGGGAGAGUAUUCUCCCCCUGA